AUGAAUGAAAUAAAAUAAAAUGAAUAUUUAUUAAAAAAUAGAAAAGAAAAAGAAUGGUUGAAUAGAAAAUAAUUAAAAUUUUUAAGAGACACAGCUGUUACGAGUGAUGACUCAGGAGAUGAAUUUGAAAAAUAAAAAUAAUUCGAAAUUUUUAUAAAAUAAAAGAAAUAAUUUCAAUGGGAAGAAAGAAGCAUUACAAUUUUCAGUCUAAAAUUUGGUAAAGUCUACUCCGAAGUCAUAUGUCUCAAAAUUAAUCAUUACUUGAUGUAGCUAGGCAAUUUAUUCAAAAAAAUAAAAAAAAACUUAACUCCUUUACCACCUUAUAUUAUUACGCCUGACGGAUCAAUUAAAAUGAUUUGGGAUUUAUUGUGUUUAUCAUUCGUGAUUUAUGAAAUGAUUAGUAUUCCAUUUUAAAUAAGUUUUGAAAUUGAAAUUAGUAAGGAAAUCUCGAUGACCUCUUUAGUAGUUUUUGCUUUGGAUAUUCUCUUGAAUUUUAACACUGGAGUUUAUUUGGAUGGUAUAUUAUCGAUGAAAAGAGAGAAAAUAAUAAGGAAUUACCUAUCAUUUUGGUUUUGGAUUGAUUUAAUUUCAACCUUUCCAUAUGACAUAAUUAUAGAUGAAUCAGAAUCAUUGAUACAAAGUGCUAAAUUACUAAGGUUAUUUAAAUUUUUGAAAUUUAUCCAUAUAUUAAAACUUCUAAGAUUGGCUAAAUUAAAAAAGAUUAUUGACUUAUUAGAUGAGGUUAUUUAAAAUAUAAGGAUACUUGGUAUAGUAAUAACCUUUUGUAAACUAUUUGUCUUUGUCUUGUUCUUAGCACAUGUACUUGGAUGCAUAUUUCAUUAUGCCUCAAGAGAGGAAUCAAAUUCAUGGCUAGGAGAUAAUGAAAAUGCUGAUUGGUAAAUAAGAUAUAUAUAUUCCUUAUAUUGGGGUAUCGCCACUAUGACUACCGUCGGUUAUGGAGAUAUCAGUCCGACGACUACAACAGAGAGAGGAUUAGGAAUUAUUUUAUUGCUAGUCGCUUGUGGAGGAUUUGCAUUUACUAUGAAUUCAAUUGGUUUCGCAUUAUCCUCUUUGGAAGAGAGGACAAAUGUUAGAAAAUCAAAGGUUAAUGUUCUGAAUAAAUAUAUGAAAUAAGCAAAUAUACCUGAUGGUUUAUAAAACAAGGUUAGAAAAUACUUAGAAUAUGUGUGGGAUAGUCAUUAAAUUUUAUUAAAUGAUAUUACUAGUUUACUUUCAUUGGAAUUAUGUAAGGAUAUUUUGGAGUAGGUGAAUGGCAAAUUAUUUGGACAUAUCGAUAUAUUCUGGUAGUUUCAUUCAUAAAAAUUUUUGGUUGAAGGAAUCAUACCAAUUUUAGAGGAUAAAUUAUAUUUACCAGAGGAAGUCAUUUUUAAUGAAAUUCCUUCUACAAAUUAUGAUUUAUACUUAAUUCAAAAAGGAGAAGCCAGCAUUUAUUUUAUGAAAACAAAUAUUGUAAUUGAUAAUAAAACUAAAUAUGAUUACUUUGGGGAAAUUAGUUUCUUUACAAAUUAAGUAAGAUCAGCUAGUGCUCAAAGUAAAUAAUUUUCUCACAUUUUUAUCUUAAAUCAAAGUAAAUACUUAGAGAUUGCAAAAAUUUAUCCAAGAGAUUUAUAACAAUAUUUUAAUAUUCGAAAUUCUAUUUUAUUUGAAAAGGAUUAUAGUUUUUUAUAAGUAAGGUGUUAUGUUUGCUAAAUGGAUGAUCAUAUUGCUAAGGAAUGCCCAGUAUUACAUUUUUAAGUUAAUGCUCCUCAUUUUUUAUCAUUUUUACAUCAAUAUUAUAGAGUAUAUUAGGCUUCCUAUAUCAGGAAAGAUAGAAUCGACUUUAAUGCAAGAUCCUCUUCAUACUAAAUCCAAUAAUCCUAAAGAAGAUUCUUAUAAAUAAAUUCCAGAAGACAAACUUAAGUUAAUUCUAAAGGACCCAGAAAUUCAUUUUUUGUGGAUUACUACGACGUUGAUUUUGAAGAUUUAUAUAAAAAUGACAAACAACCAUCAAGACUGAUGGCAACUCUCAAAAACACUUAUUUUAAUAAUAAAAACAAAAAAAAAUUUGAUUUGUUAAAUAUGAAUAUUGAUUCUCCCUUGAGUUCCAAAAGAUCAAUAGGAGCAAUCACAUAAAGAAUUAUGAUUGAAGAGCAACAAAUAGAUCAAAUAGCAUCUGAUAGAUUUAAUGACCUUUUAGAUUAAUUAAAUACAAUUAAAUAGAAAAAAAGAUCAUUUACACAUAUUCAUUUUACAUUAUUACCUGAUUUUGAGAAAAUAUAAAUUUACAACAACUUUAGUUAAUGGUACAACAUUGAAAAUGUAUUGGAAAGGUACAAGAUAGUUUAACAAAAAGGUCUAAUGUCUUAAAUACCUCAUAAAUACACUCGAUUUGGAUUAGAGGAGUUUAUAUCUUAUCAAUAAUAUUAUUGUUUUUAUCUAAAGAAAAGUGAUAUAUACAGAUAUUACACAAAAUGUCAUAAGAAUUAAGGGGAUGUCUAUUAUGGAUUUGAGAAUGGGAGAAUAUUUAACUUAAAUAGAGUAGAGAAGAAGAGAAGUAAAUAUAUAAAAGUUGAUAAAUUUAGGAGGCAGGAUUUUGUAAAACAACAGAAAUCAAAUGUCUGA